GAUAGUGUACAUGGUGAUGUCAAUCUUGUUUUGAAUAAUAUAUGUUUCCGGUCGUGAUAAAACAAAUUUCGUGUUAAUUUACUAAAGAAAUAACUAUUAACUGCACAUAAUUAUAGUGUUUAUGUAUUGUGGGAUUAUUUUAACGUGUCAAAGUUAUUGUUAAAAAGUUUUGUGUUCAAAGUUGUAAAAGUCACUUCAGGAUUCAGGUGUCAACGAGGAUGUUAUACUCCUCAUAUAAAGCACCGUUCAGCUGAAGCUUGAAGGUGGUGUCUCGCCAUGCAGCGCACGGGUGGGAGCAGGGCCUGCGCGCCAUGAGCCAUUCUCCCGACGGCGGCCACCCGCAAGGUUGGGAGCACAAGCUUGCAGACCGGUCGUCGCUGCCGCCGGCACCCGGGGAGGAGAAGACCAAAUCUCAGUCCAAACAUGUGUUCGCACAGCCCCAUGGCCCUAAAACGGGCGCUAUGUGGUGGCGCGAAGAGACGGAAGGAUCGUCGGGCAGUACGGCGCGGUCGCCUGCUACCUCGCCGCCCUACGUGCGCUGGGCGCGCGCCCUGCACUAUCUACUGGAGGACGCGGAAGGAGUCCGACUGUUCCGCAAGUUCGUGUGCGGCGCAGGCGGCUUGCACGUGGACCGGCUCAACUUCUACUUCGCGGUGCACGGCCUGCGCCAGGAGACCGAGCCCGCCAAGAUCCGACAGGUCGUCUCCGCGAUAUACAAGUUUCUGCGCAAGUCUCAGCUAGCGAUGCCCGAGCAGCUGAAGACGCAGGUGAAACAGGCGCUCAAAGACACCAGCGCCGACAUCGAGAAGACCAUAUUCGAUGACAUGGAACACGAGGUGACCCGCGCGAUAACGGAGACCACGUACCAGUCGUUCCUCCGCUCAGAGGCUUACGUGUCGUAUGUGAGCGCGGCCACACAACCGCUGUCUUCGCCAGACGCCUCGCCGCCUCACCAUAGAGAGAUGGCGGCGUGCGGACUGGCCACGCUGCACGAGGGGCAGGAGCUGUCGGGCGCGAGCGGGCCCACGGCGCGCCUCACUCACGACGCCCUGCUGGCCACGCAGUCCCGCCGCCUGCAGUGCGACGUGGCGCCUCACCGCAAGCGGUCGGUGUACAAUGCGCACGUGACGUACGCGGGCUACACGCCUACCUCGCGGCAGGACUCCGAGCGCGCCAGUCUCAGCAGCGGCCGCACUGACAGCGACGCCGUCUCGCUCUCCGGCAGCAGCGUGUGA